AUGAUUCAAGUGCUACAGAUUGUAAAGGAUCUGGUGUCGCCAGCAAGACGGAGAACAGAUGCUGCUAAGAAAGGUGCAGAUGCUGAGCAGGAUGCUGCUAUCAAACUUGCCCAAGAACGAGCAGAGAUAGUUGCCAAGUAUGAUAGAGGCCGAGAGGGUGCGCAGAUUGAACCAUGGGAAGAUGCUGACUAUCAUCUUUAUAAAGUCACAGAUAGAUUUGGGUUUCUACAUCCAGAGGAGCUUCCGGUCCAUGAUGCAGCAAUAGAAAAGCAAAAGCACCUUGAAAUUGAAAGAACUACAAAAUGGCUUAAGAUGCUGAAAAGCUGGGAAAAAUACAAGAACAGUGAAAAGUUUCAUAGAAGAAUUUAUAAAGGAAUCCCACUACAGUUCAGAGGACAAGUCUGGUCUUUACUACUUGAUGUCCCUAAAAUGAAAGAAGAAAUGAAAGACUUUUACACAAAAUUGAAGUGUCAAGCACGAGGGUCUUCGCCAGAUAUUAGGCAAAUUGAUCUUGAUGUAAAUCGAACAUACAGAGAUCACAUAAUGUUUCGAGACAGAUACGGCGUGAAGCAGCAAUCUUUAUUCCAUGUUUUAGCUGCAUAUUCCAUAUAUAAUACGGAAGUUGGAUACUGUCAGGGAAUGAGCCACAUCACAGCAUUACUCCUUAUGUACAUGAAUGAAGAAGAUGCCUUCUGGGCCUUGGUGAAGCUUCUUUCUGGUCCAAAGCAUGCUAUGCAUGGUUUUUUUAUUCCUGGCUUUCCAAAACUGUUGAGGUUUCAAGAACAUCAUGACAAAAUACUGAAAAAAUUGUUGUCCAAACUUAAGCAGCAUUUGGACUCCCAGGAUAUGUCCACAAGCUUUUACACAACGAAGUGGUUUUUCCAGUGUUUUCUUGAUCGUACUCCCUUUACAUUAAGUCUCAGGAUAUGGGAUAUAUACAUACUUGAAGGAGAGCGGAUUCUCACUGCUAUGUCUUACACAAUUCUGAAGCUACACAGAAAGCAUCUGAUGAAAUUACAAAUGGAAGAACUUGUAAAAUUUCUGCAGGAGUCUUUAGCCAAGGAUUUCUUCUAUGAAGAUGACUUUGUAAUAGACCAGCUCCAAAGUUCUAUAUCAGAAUUGAAACGAGCAAAGCUGGAUUUACCAGCAGCUGGUAAAGAAGAUGAAUUUCCAAAGAAGCCACUGGGGCAGAUUCCAUCAGAACCUCAGCCUGCUAUGGUUAACUCCACUCCCAUGCUUAAUGGACAGAACAGCACUGGUACACAACUAAUGAGGAGGACAGAGAGGAUACCAUCCUCAGGAGAAGAGCCAGAAAGCUCACCAAAUAACCGGAAAAGACUUAAUUCACUGGAAAAGAAACCUUCCUUGAAACAGCAGAAGACUCGACCAACGGAGACACAAACUAGUAUACCUAAAAAUGAGAUAGAUACAAGAAGAAAGCCUCUGCUAGCAGAGCAAGACAGCUCAAGACACUAUAAUAAUGCAGCUGCUAAUCAGAAUUCUAAUGCUACUUCAAAUACAAGAAGGGAAUUUGUACCUAAGUGGAAUAAACCAUCUGAUAUCAAAAUAAUUGAAAAGACAAUGAAAUUUACUGCAGAGGCCAAAGGAGGGCAAAUAAACCAUUCAGUUUCAGGCCCACCACCAAGUCCUGGAGAAAUGCAGCCUUUGAAUGUAAAGCACAAAAUGAGGGUUAUGGAUGCUGAUGAAGGUAAGCGAGGGUCUAAUGCAUCUCAAUAUGACAAUGUUCCAGAAGCUGAGAAUGAGAAUCUUGUUGAGGAGAUGCUUGAGAGAGCUCAUCCACAGAGCCCUAGGCAUGUAACAUUUUCUAAUAGUCCAAGAAAGCAAACUGAAAAGAUACCAACUCCAUUAAAAAUACCCAAUAAUUACACCUUCACUUCACAACCCAGAUCUCCAAAAUAUUCAUCAGAACCUGAUGGACCACCUCAUGGAUUGAAUGUAAAACAGCCACUGCCAUGUUACAGUAAUCCACCUACUUACCAUGGAAAUUCCCCAAAGCAUGUUUCCAGUAUAGGCAAUACAAGUUCUGUACCUCUGCAUUAUCAUGGGAAUCGAAGCAGCCCUUCUGCUAGGCCAUAUGGUUCUUUUAUCUCAGUAGAUUAUUCUCCAGAUAAACUACAAAUUAAUUCCUAUCCCCCCAGUCACCAAGAACCUCUUUCACCUGCCCCUGGUCAGAUAGAAGUAGCCUCUGUUGAUGCUUAUACAGGCAACUCACGGUCCCCCACAGGUGUCAAAUUCAUAAUUCCUCCAGUGGAUUAUUUACCAGAAGAUAGAAAGUGGCCAGAUGCUGCAUAUAUUUACAGACAUGAACCCUACAGGCAACCCUGGAACCAUGAUGUUAACAGAGGCCACUUGGAUAAUUUCCAGAAAUAUCAGCAUUUUCAGUCAACACCUUUUCAAGACCAUAGUCUUCCUGCUGUUUCUGUGGAUAGUCCAAUAAGAUACAGGACUUCACCAACCUUUGAAGAGCAUAGUUCACCACAAUACCAAUAUUCAAACCCAUCAGCUCAAGCCCAGCACUAUCGAAACAGAAAUGAUGGACUGUCUAUGCAUGAAUCCGUGCUUCUCUGA